AUUAUUUCAUCGUUAUUGAGUAAUUUUAAAUCAUCUUACAUAAUUUAAUCACAUUAUUCGAGUAAAAUUUUUCACAGUUACAAGCAACAAAACACAAGACGAUGAUAAGAAUCCAUCUUAACAAAACAAGUCCUUGAGAUGUGCACUUGUUGAUGAACAGGAUAUGAAGAAGAUUGAAUAACUCGUAUAUCAUGUGGUUAUAGGCUUCGCUUCAACUCUACCAAUUUACAGACCAAACUAUUUUCAUGCAUAAUUCCAAUCAAACCUUUAUCUGGAAAGAUUAUUCCGUUAUUUUGUCCAACAUUGAUCCGGUUCAACAGUGAAAACGAGUCUUAUCUCAUCUAUUGAUAAUGAUUCCAUUCGCAAGUAUCACUAUUCGAACUCCUCAACUUUAUCUCAAUGUAUUAAGAUAAGGUAAUGUAAUAAUACCAUGUCUCAGUUCGUCUUCGCCGUUCCCGGAUCUAAAUUAAUCUCACAUGAUUGAGGCACAAAAGCAAAUGGAUGAUAAUCGCGCAUAAUCGUUUCGUCAAUGAAAGUGUUGAGACAACAUGAAGUGUAUUUAAGCUUCACUCUUUUCAGCUCAAUCAUUCAUAAUUUCAACAUCUACAACUCAACUACCCUGUGAAAUCAAUUUACAAGCUGAAAUGCCAACUUAUCGUUUCUUAGCAGUUGCACUGGAUGCCCCUGGACAUGUGCAUUCAAUUUUGGGAUUUUCUGAAGCUCUAAAGGCUGCCGGUCAUGAAGUGUGUUUGGCUCAUCGUGAAAAGUACAGAUCUUUAGCUGAAAAGAGAGGAGUGUCAUUCAUUCCGUUUGGUGGAGAUUUUGCUGAUUCUAAUGCAGAUGAACUAAUGAUCAAUUUGAUUGAUGCGUGUGCCGAUAAAUUUCGUAAAGAGCCAUUGGAAUGUUUCCGUGAAAUGGCCAAGUUUGCCAGCGCAGGCCUUGCAGACACAGAAGCUCAAUUCAUGGCCUUUUUUGAGCCCUUGAAUAAAAUAAUAACUGAAAGAUGCAACGAGUUCGAUGCUAUCAUCUCUGACAUGCCAGGACCGCUACUCCGCAUUUACGACCAUUUGAUUCCUUGGUUUCCACUCGUCUCAACUGCUCCACUGGCAUUGUAUCCAUCUGGUCCUCCAUUCAGCUCUGGUUACUCAGUCAACAGUGAUAAAUCUAAAUGGAUCGAGUUCAGAGAUGUUUAUAACAAAGCUCAUGCAACCUUACUCAAAUUGCCUAGUCAUCUGAUGGAAGCCAUGGGUAUUCCGGAAUUUGAUCUUGAUUCAUUUGACCUGGGAAAGUAUAUUGAUCAUGUACAAUCUGUUGGUUUUUACCAUUAUCCUGCCGAUUUGGACUUCACUGAAUGUGCUCCGGUCCGACCCAAUUGGCAUAGAAUUGAUUGUUGGAUUCGUAAACAAGAAGUUGAUACAGAAUUUGUUAUACCGGAAAAAUUACAAGAUAAACCGGGUAAACUAAUCUACUUCUCGUUGGGAACAUUAGCAUCUGCUGAUAUAACCAUGAUGAAAAAGUUGAUUGCUAUUCUAGCCAAAUCACCGCAUCGAUUCAUCGUCUCUAAAGGGUCUCGAGGUGAUAGACUCGAAUUGGCUGACAACAUGUGGGGUGAAAAUUACGUCAAUCAAAUCAAGAUAAUUGAAAAGGUUGAUCUGGUCAUAACUCAUGGAGGGAACAAUACGUUCAUGGAAACACUUUAUUAUGGAAAACCCAUGAUUGUCAUUCCCUAUUUUUAUGAUCAAUAUGAUAAUGCACAACGAGUUGUUGAAAAAAAUAUUGGUUUCCGUAUCAAUCCAUAUGAAAUUGAGGAAGAGCCUCUUCUUGAUUGUAUUGAAAAAGCAAUUGGAGAUCAUGAACUGAAGAAUAGAAUCAAAGCCAUUUCACAAAACAUGAGAAAUUCAAAUAGUUUAACUGAAGCCAUCAAAGUGAUUGAACAACAAAUUGAAAAAUUUGAAAAAUAAUCAGACGCAAAAGUUGCUAUGAAAUUUGUUUCAAUUUCUGGCCUCUUAUCAAUUUGAUAUUGUUGUGAGAGUUAAAAAGUUUAUGAAAAUGAAUAAUAUGGUACAAAUAACAACUAAUAGUGUGAGAUAAUUUGGUCAUGGACAAUUUAGUAUGGAGCCCCUCGAAAAAUAUUAAUAUAAACUUGAAUGUUUCAUGCCUUUACAAUUUUCUAUCAAUUAAUUGUACAAAAUAAAAAUAAAGUUAUCAAAAUAA